CUCCUACAACUAUAAUGUGAAAGCAAACUGUGGGUUUCCAUUUGUAUAUUAAAUGUACAGUUCAUUCAAACUUAACUUGAGCCAUCAGUCUAAACUUUAUAAAAGAAAGAUCCCAAAUUAUCUAAAGCCAUUACAGAUCUUCAUCUUCUAACCCUAACAAACAUAUAUUCUCUUAUUAAGAUCAUCUAAUAAUAAGAGACUAUGAAUUAUAGAGAUUUAUGCCCUUUACAACGAAGCAAUGAGAUCUCAAGAUCUUGUGAACAACAACAACAACAAAAUGAUACAACGAAUCAAGAGCAUAUUGUCCCCAAAAUUCAACCUUUUAGCAUUGAUAAUUUUAACCCUAUCUUUAAUAUGGACCACCCUGCUAGCAACUCAUCAGCUAAUAAUACGCCCAAGAAAAAUGAUCGAAGUCAAAGAGCUGAUGAAACUAAGAAGAAAAUGGUUGUAAGAAGAGAUGUUGAGAGGCAAAGAAGGCAAGAAAUGACGAAUCUUUAUGCGUUGCUUCGAUCGCUUCUACCUCUUGAAUAUAUCAAGGGAAAGAGAUCAAUAUCUGACCAUAUGAAUGAAGCAACUAAGUACAUAAUUAAUUUACAAAAAAUGAUUGAAGAAAUGAAAGAUAAGAGAGAUGGACUGAACAGAUUAUCUAUCAACAAUUCCAAAUCUAUGUCUGUUAUUGCUAGAGUAAUAAACAGCUUUUCACAGCCGGAUUUUGUUACGGUGCGGCCGUGUGUUUCAGGUUUGGAAGUUGUAAUUAGUAGUGAUGGGUUAUUACUUCCGCUUUCAAGAGUUCUUCGAGUACUACUCGAAGAUGGAGUACUUACAGUUGUUGGUUGUGUUACAACUAGGGUAAAUGAGAAAUCACUACACACAAUUCAGAUUAAGGUAAGCGAUCUUACACGAAUCAAUACAACUGAACUGCAACAAAAGCUUAUUGAUUUGGUUUAGUAUUCAAGAGUCGGUGGACGGGACUGCUUCAUCAUACGCUCAAGUACUCGAAGCUUAUAUUUACUGAUUUUCUCCUUCUAUUAAACAUGAUACGACGAUAGCACUGUAAAAAUGACCUUAGAGUAUAUAAGUGGUUUGUGUCAUCUUCUUGAGUUUGUCUAGCUCCUUUGAUAUCGAGUUGAUUGAGUACUAAUUAAGGUCUCGUAUAUACCUAGGUAGCAACAUAAGCAUGUCUUUUCCAUUAUAUGUUGAUCCUUUUAUUUGGUAGCUUCUAUAA